AUGACCUUCAACAUCUUUCCGCACUCGUUUCGCCUCCCGGCUCUCACUUCAGUAUUAUUCCUUCUCUUCUUCCUUUCCAUUCCUUCUCUCAUAUCUGCCGCUGGAGCAUGCGAUAACUGCGGACAGACGGUCACCUUGAUCGCACCAUGCCUUAAUUUCUCGGGAAGUGCGGACUAUCAAAACAAAGAGCUUACGGCAAACACAAAGUUUAUAGACCCACAGUUGGCAAAUUGCCAGUGUACGCAAUCGUAUUUGACCGCUUACCAAAGUUGUCUGGACUGUUUCACUUCGAAAGGACUAUCGACAUCAAACAUUCUAUCAGUGGGCAACAUACAAAGUGAUUGCGACCAAUUAGGAAUUUCAAAUGCUGGCGGUAAUGCGAAUAAUAAUUCUCCGGGUGGUUCGGGCGGUUCGGGUGGUUCUUCUCCAACCAAGUCCGCGGCUGGUUUGCGAUUGAAUGAUCCGUCAAUGAUUUACACUACAUUAAUGAGUACUGUUAUAAUCAUUGGUAUUCUGUCGCAACGGCUAAUAUAG